AUGGCGGGGCUGAUACAGAGUAACUUGCCCAUGUUUGAUGGAAAGAACUUUAAGGAUUGGUGCAUCAAGAUGGAUGCAAUCCUUAGUUUCCAAGAGAUUGAUGAAGUUGUGAAGAUUGGGUUUAAAGAACCCACAAAGAAUGCUACAGAUGAGGAAAAGAAGGCGUUCAAAGAAAAUAGAAAACUUGAUUGCAAAGCACGCAUGGUCUUGCAUCAACGCAUCUCGGCGACGAUAUUUCAGAAAGUAUCCAACGCGACAAAGGCUAAAGAAACAUGGGAAAUCUUACAAGACGUAUAUGGAACUGCUGGAAAUAUGAAGGAGAUCAGACUUCAGUCACUGCGGCGUCAGUAUGAGCUUCUGAAGAUGGGAGAAAAGGAAACUGUUGAAGGGUACAUAGGCAGAAUUCAAGUGGUUGUUAACGCAAUGCGUGCAUGCGACAAGGUUGUCAAGGACAAGAAGAUUGUCCAUAAAAUCCUAAGGACUCUAACGCCUCAAUACGAUCACAUUGUCAUAGCCAUUCUGGAAAGCAUAGACUUGGAAAAAUUAAAGGUCGAAGAGUUACAAAACUCUCUUGAAGUACACGAGCAACGUCUAUUGGAGAGAAAAGCCGCAGAACAAGAGACUGCACAGAAUAUUAAUCAAGCUCUGCAAGCCAAGACCUUCAAGAACCGUGGAACUGGAAGAGGUAGAGGAAGAUUCCACGGCGGACGUGGAGGCAGAAAUGGAGGCAGAUGCAGUGGAGAACAAAAUAAAGAUGUUGAAAACAAUGAACAAAGUAGUUGUAGAGGUAGAGGAAAGCCCAGAGGCAGAGGGGGUAGAAAGAAUCCUGACAAGAGGAAUAUACAGUGUUUUACUUGCAAUAAAUAUGGUCAUUAUUCCUCUGAAUGCUGGCACAAUGACAGUGCCAAGAAAGAACAAAGCAAUGAAGUGAAUCUUGCGAAGGAAAAACUUGUUUCUGACUCCGAGCAUAUUGCCUUGAUAAGUAUGGCUACGGAUAAAAAGAAUGAUGGUGAGUGGUUAACAACACGUGAUAAUCUCAUGCAAAGUACGACGAGCAGAAACAAGAAUAGGUGUGCUAUGAAUAUUACCCAGAAGAAACAUGUGUCAUCAACGGAAGAAAAGAAACAUGUAAAUAAGGAGGUGUCAAAGAACACUACCCAGAAGGUGUCAUCAGCGGAAGAAACGAAACAUGUAAAUAAGGAGGUGUCAAAGAACAUUACUCAGAAGGAACAUGUGUUAUUGGCUGGAGAAACGAAUCAUGCACAGGAGGAGAUGUCAUGGUAUCUUGACUCAGCAUGUUCUAACCAUAUGACGAGAAAUAAGAGAUGGCUGAUCGACUUAGACACCAGCGUCAAAAGCAUUGUCCGUUUUGCAAAUGAUAGUGUAAUUCGAGCAGAAGGUUCUUGUAAGGUGCUGAUUACACGGAAAGAUGGCAAAUCUGUGUACAUGCACAACGUUCUCUAUGUGCCCACGAUGAAGAGCAAUCUUCUAAGUCUUGGUCAGCUUCUCGAAAAAGGAUAUACUAUGAAUUUGCAGAAAAGAAACAUUGAAGUCUAUGAUGAAAAACAAAGGUUGAUAAUCAAGGCACCUCUUGCUCGAAAUAGAACAUUCAAAAUUAAUUUGAAUGUUGUCGAAGUGCAAUGCUUGGCUGCAGAAGGCGCGGAUGCAGAAGAGUGGCUCUGGCACUACCGUUUUAGACACUUAAACUUCAGAAGCUUGUGUCAUUUGAGAGAUAAAAAUCUCGUGAGAGGUAUUCCCGAGUUCACUGUGCCAAGCAAAGUCUGUGAAGGUUGA